AUGGUGGUGGCCGGGCUUUCAAUAUCGAUGACGACAAUGGAGUGGGUCGGCGAUGGAAGGAGGGUGACGGUGGGGGUAGCGACGACUCUGGCUGCCUCAUAUCUCUUCUAUCCGGCAGCACACGAUUCUCAGUGGUUACAACAACAACACCACCACCCUUCGGGGUGGUGGUGUUUCUCGGUAGUAAGGAAAAGGGGAAGGGCAGUAGAAAAACGUGAUUGGGUUGUGGUUUCCGGUGGGGAAGGAGGUGAUGGCAGUGGUGGUUUUAUGGCGGAAGGUGUUGCUAUCGUGUGGAAUUGCACUAUGGAUGCUUCUGCAACACCGUCGAAGAACCCUAAAGGGGCAUUCAAGCUCCUUGCUGAUCUUCCCUCCAAAGGCCUUUUCUCAUCCACUGUCGUUUCUUCCAAUUUGGGUGGAAUGCGUGUCUAUAUCACUGAUCAUGAUACAUCACCUCCAGAAAACCAGUUAAUAAAGACAGAUCAAAUGAACAUACUCAUUAGAUCUCUUUUGCUUAAGCAACAACAAAAGGCUGAAUCAAGUGCAAAAGGUGCAACUGGAAAAGAAAGCUCAAGAAAGCGGGGUUUAGAAAGAGGUGUGGAUGGAAGGGCAACAACAAAAAGAGGUGCUUCCAAUGGUCAACAUGGUUCUCAGCCAGAGGGAUCAAGGUCACAUUCAAAUGUACCUGAAAAUCUUCAAAGUUUAACUGUAGAGAGAAUCCGUGCACUCUUAAAGGAAAGAGGACUUUCCCUAAAAGGAAAGAAGGAUGAACUGAUUAUGCGGUUGAGGUCUGCAACUGGUUGAGUUAAGCUCCAUGACUUUGAGGUUAAGAUUAGUAGUUGUACAUGUAGAUCUGUUAUUGAAGGAAUUAGGUUUUUAGUAUGUAGCAAGUGAAAAUGUAAUACUCUCUUUAUGUUGAUGUUUGUUUCUUUAUUGCAUUUUAGAUGUUUGUUGGUUUGUGUGAAAACGGUUUUAUAUGCAAGAAAUGAGAAUGUACAUUAAUAGUAGUGAUAAUGGUUAUGUAUUUGGAAUUUUGGAUGACAUGAC